GAAGUCUCGCGAAGUGAAACACCGGCCAUUUUUCUCCAUUUAUAGCAGGACACUUUGUGCGUUGGUAGUGUAACCGAGAGUGUUGCGUUCACUUUGAUAAGCCUACAAGUUUUGGCAAGUUUAAUUUUGUUAACCAAGCAUCCAAACUUACAACAAACAGGGCACAAACCAUGUUUGUGUUUACCGCUGUAAAGUUUUUUCGCUGACAUCCCUUCCCGGAUAGAUGCUUGACUAAACUGUCGCACAAAUGGAAAUGGUGCCUAGCGAGGAGAACCAGUUCGUACCCAAAGAGGGUGUGUUUUGGAGUUGCAGACAGAGUAUUUUUGAUGAAAUGAAGAGGAUUACUCGGAUCCACAAUGCGGCUGAGGAGCCCCGAGUGCUGUGUAUAAUCCAGGACAUCACCAGUGCAAAGACAGUCAAUGAGAGGCUCACCCUCAAUCUGCCUGCCUCCACCACCCUCUCCAAACUUUAUGAAGAUGUAGCCCACAAGGCAGGAUAUGUGAAUGGCAGUUUUGAGCUCGCUUGGGGGAAUACACCAGAUAUGGCACCACUGGACCACAGCAGUGAGAUGUCCCUCUCAGAUUCUGCUUUCGAGCCUGGUGGUAAGAGGAAUUUCCUCCAGCUAACGGACAAAGAUGGAGAGCAGCCACAGAUUGCCUCAGAUGAAUCAGGGACAGCAGACAGCAGUGGACUGGAUGACAGUUCACAGGAGCGAUUCAUAGGUCCUCUACCAAGAGACAGCACAGCAAGCUGCAGUGAGAACUACAGCAGUCCUUCUUACUCCUACUCGUCCAUCCUCAACAAAUCUGAGACAGGUUACGUUGGCUUGGUCAACCAAGCUAUGACGUGCUAUUUGAACAGUCUCCUACAGACGCUCUAUAUGACCCCAGAGUUCAGAAAUGCACUCUACAACUGGGCCUUUGAGGAGUCUGAGGAAGAUCCUGUCACCAGUAUCCCCUACCAGUUGCAAAGGCUGUUUGUUCUUCUGCAGACCAGUAAGAAACGUGCGAUUGAGACCACUGAUGUGACGAGGAGUUUUGGCUGGGACAGCAGUGAAGCUUGGCAGCAGCAUGAUGUCCAGGAGCUGUGCAGGGUCAUGUUUGAUGCCCUCGAGCAAAAGUGGAAGCAGACAGAGCAGGCUGACCUGAUCAACCAGCUGUACCAGGGGAAGCUAAAAGAUUAUGUCCGAUGUCUGGAGUGCGGCUAUGAGAGCUGGAGGAUUGAUACGUACUUGGACAUCCCUCUUGUGAUCAGACCUUUUGGAGCCAGCCAGGCCUAUGGCAGUGUGGAGGAGGCUCUGCAAGCAUUUAUCCAACCAGAAACUCUGGAUGGACCCAACCAGUACUUCUGUGAACGCUGCAAAAAGAAAUGUGAUGCACGGAAGGGCCUGAGAUUUCUGCACUUUCCCUACCUGCUGACGCUCCAGCUGAAGCGCUUUGACUUUGAUUACACCACUAUGCAUCGCAUCAAACUGAAUGACCGCAUGACUUUCCCAGAGGAGCUUGACAUGAGUCCAUUCAUUGAUGUGGAGGAUGAGAAGUCACCUCAAACAGAGAGCUGCACUGACAGUGGUGCUGAGAAUGAAGGUAGCUGCCACAGCGACCAGAUGAGCAAUGAUUUUUCCACCGAUGACUGUGUGGACGAGGGUAUUUGUUUGGACAGCACCAGCAGCACAGAGAGGGUGUUGAAGCCAAAGAGUUUGCUGACCUUUGAACUGUUUUCCGUCAUGGUGCAUUCUGGGAGUGCUGCAGGCGGCCACUACUACGCCUGCAUCAAGUCCUUCAGUGACGGACAGUGGUACAGUUUCAACGAUCAGCACGUUAGCAAGAUCACUCAUGAUGAUAUUAGGAAGACGUAUGGUGGUUCCUCAGGGAGCAGAGGCUAUUAUUCCAGUGCCUUUGCAAGCUCUACAAAUGCAUACAUGCUGAUUUAUAGAUUAAAAGAUCCCUCAAGGAAUGCAAAGUAUUUAGCUGCUGAAGACUUCCCUGAGCACAUAAAGAGUUUGGUUCAGAAGGAGAAAGAGUCUGAAGAGCAGGAGAAGCGUCAGAGGGAGAUCGAGCGCAACACUUGCAAGAUAAAGCUGUUCUGCAUGCAUCCUGUGAAGAUGAUGAUGGAGAGCAAGCUGGAGGUACACAAGGACAAAACUCUCAGAGAAGCAACAGAGAUGGCCUACAAGCUGAUGGAACUGGAAGGAGUGGUCCCUCUGGACUGCUGCCGAUUGGUGAAGUAUGAUGAGUUCCAUGAGUACCUUGAGCGCUCCUACGAAGGCGAGGAGGACACACCGAUGGGCCUGCUGCUGGGCGGAGUCAAAUCCUCUUACAUGUUUGACUUGUUACUCGAGACCCGCAGACCUGAACAAGUGUUCCAGCCUUACAAACCUGGAGAGGUGAUGGUGAAGGUUCACGUUGUUGAUCUGAAAACUGAGACCAUCGCCUCCCCAAUCAGUGUUAGAGCAUACUUGAACCAGACCAUCACUGAAUUCAAACAGCUUAUUGCACAGGCUACAGGGCUAUCUGCAGAGACCAUGCGUGUGGUCCUGGAGCGUUGUUAUAAUGACCUCCGGCUCUUGUAUGUUCCCAACAAGACACUGAAGGCUGAGGGGUUCUUUAGGAGUAACAAGGUUUUUGUAGAGAGCUCCGAGUCACCAGACCAUCAGGUUGCUUUCACAGACUCACUCUUGUGGAAACUGUUGGAUCGCCAUGGGAACACGAUUCGACUCUUGGUCUUACUUCCAGAGCAGUCACCUGGUACUCUGGCUAACAGAACUUCUUGCCAAAAAAUAGGCGGCGGUGACUCUGAGGAGCCCUUCGAGGGGUCAAAAAGUAACAGGAAAUCAGUGGAGGCUAUCCUGGAGGAGAGCACAGAGAAGUUGAAGAAUCUGUCUCUGCAGCAGCAGCAGGGCUCCAGCACCAGUGACAGCCAGAAAAGCUCUGACACCAGUGACUUUGAACAUAUCGAGUCCCCGACACAGGAGGCUGACUCAAACUCAUCGCUCUGUGUGGCUGCAGACAACAGAGAGUUAGAGAACCGGAUCAGGGCUGUGGCGGGGGGUAGCAGUGGCGCCUCCUCCGACCCUGAGAAUCAUUUUGCCUGCGAGGAGCGCUCGGACUCUGAGGUGAACAAUGACCGCAGCACCAGCUCAGUGGACAGUGACAUCCUGAGCUCCAGCCACAGUAGCGACACUCUUUGUAAUGCAGACAGUGGGCCCAUACAGCUGGCUAACGGACUGGACUCGCACAGCAUCACGAGUAGCCGACGCUCUAAAGCUCAUGAGGGCAAAAAAGAGACCUGGGACACUGCUGAGGAGGACUCAGGAACAGACAGCGAGUAUGACGACAACGGGAAAAGCAAAGCGGAAGCUCAGUACUUGUACUUCAGGGCGGAGCCUUGUUCUCAGGAUGACUCCUCUUGGGAUGCACAAAAAUGUUUAGUGGUUCAUGUGGAUAAGAGAAUAACAUUGGCAGCAUUUAAACAGAACCUGGAGCCCUAUGUGGGAGUCACCUCCACACAGUUUAAGGUGUUUCGAGUUUAUGCCAACAACCAGGAGUUUGAGAGUGUGCGGUUAAAUGAAACCCUCUCAUCUUUCUCUGAUGACAACAAGAUCACUAUUCGACUAGGCAGAGCACUGAAAAAGGGUGAAUACAGAGUGAAAGUUUACCAACUUCUAGUAAACGAACUGGAGCCCUGCAAGUUCCUUGUGGACACGGUGUUUGCCAAGGGUAUGACUGUCAGACAGUCCAAAGAGGAGUUGCUCCCUCAGUUAAAAGAGCAGUGUAAGCUUGACCUCAGCAUUGACAGGGUUCGUCUCAGGAAAAAGACAUGGAAGAACCCAGGCACAGUGUUUCUUGACUAUCACGUUUAUGAAGAAGACAUCAGCAUCUCCUCGAACUGGGAGGUUUUCCUGGAGGUUCUCAGUGAACCAGAGAAGAUGAAGUCCAUGUCACAGCUGGCUGUUCUGACUCGGAGAUGGAGCCCGUCCACAAUGAAGCUGGGACCAUUUCAGGAAGUUAUUCUGGAGAGCAGCAGUGUGGAAGAGCUCAAGGAGAAGCUGAGUGAAACCAGUGAUAUCCCUCUUGAACAGCUGGAGUUUGCAAAGGGUAGAGGAACAUUUCCUUGUGAUAUCUCUGUGUUGGAAAUCCAUCAGGAUUUGGACUGGAACCCUAAAGUGUCAACUCUUAACGUGUGGCCUCUGUAUAUCUGUGAUGAUGGAGCUGUGGUCUUUUACAGAGACAGCACAGAGGAGCCGAUGGAGCUAUCAGAAGACGAACGUAACGAGCUGAUGAAGAAGGAGAGUAGCCGUCUGCUCAAAACUGGACACCGUGUCAGCUACUCUCCACGUAAGGAGAAGGCACUCAAGAUCUACCUGGAUGGAGGCCCUGCCAAGGACCCGGGGCAGGACUGAGGCACCAAGCCCCCUCCCCCUACCCCGUCUUUUGGAUUGUGUGGCUGCUGCAGCAAAGCAAACAGGCUUACAUGACUGAGUCUGAGGAUUGGGCCUGAUGGAUACUUGAACAUCAAACAGCGCUGUCCGGCUAACAGGCUCUCACCCUCCACUCCGAGCCACAGGAAAGGCUCAGAAAUCUAAUUGUGCACUAUAGUGUAAUGUACUGUAAAGUUUAAAGGGAAGUACAAAAGCUAUUCAAUACAGAAAAAGAAUCAAAUACUGUAUAGACAAAUCAACUGAGCGUUAAAAAGCACCAGAGAUGGAUACAGAGAUGUUAGGACUGUGAAAGUGAGCUGGAAGGUGUCCAUCCUGUCUAUUAAGGUCUUCUGUCUUCUUUUCCAUCAGUCCUCUCCUCCUCCUGUCACUGUGUUCUCUUCCUGUUUCAGAAAUACUGUUUAUUCUGAUUCAUCUGUGGCUAUCUCAUAAGUCUGUGGGGCUCACAUCUUCUGAGUACGGCUCUAUUAGAUAAACUGUUCUUUUCUGACACUGCUUAUCUUCCUCUAAACACUUUAACAGCACAUACAUCCGAGUCUACUUGCCCAGCCUUUUUUCAGUCUGGAUAAUCCCUGCACUCUCUCAGUGACUUUUGAAAAGUUUAGACAUCUGAUAUUGUCAAGAUUUCAUGAAUCAAGAAAAGCAACAAUUAAGAUUGUGUAAAUUUGACAUCUCCACUGAUGCUCCUAUAGUGCGAGAGUGAUGUGUUGUUCUGGGUUGCUGCUCUUUGCGCUUUAUAGGAGCUUUACCUCUGUUCAACCACUUCGACUAAAUAAGGUGAGACAUAGGCGCUUGGUCCUUGAACAUGAAGUACAAUGAAACAAAACCAAGCAGACUUUGUCAAGGAUCUCCUUGUUUUGUUUUUUGUUUGUUGUAAAUUAUUAUUUCACUGCAGACUUAAUCAUUCAGUUAGGUCUUGUAAGGCACACACCUGUUGCCUGUAUUAACCUUUAAUUAUGUUGAUUUCUUCAUUUUUUUGCACCAUGUCACCUGGGUGUACAUCUCUAGUGUCAUCCAUCUAAUGCGUGUGGUGUCGUACUGAGAGAAGAGAGCUCUUUUUACUAUAUGGUAAAAAGAGUGUGAGGUUUGUUUUUGGCGCUUCUACCUGCUGCUGCUCUAUAGACUGGCUCCAGAGGGCGGAUAAAGUUCACCAGACUCCCUCAGUCUGCCUGGGCGACUAAUCUUAGGAGGACUAAAGCUCAGCAUCCCUGCCCUCUCUGGGCUCCUGAUGCCGCCACCAGCUAUUUACUGUAGAAAUGCCAAUAUCUGAAGAUUUUUUUUUUGUUGUCGUUGUUGAUGUUUAUUUCUUUGAGAGUUAAAUCCUGUGUGAAAAUAGUUUAAGAUGAUUUUAGAAAUGAAUUAAAAUGCUUUUUUCGUAACUUCAGUUUUCUUUGAUUUUAGACUUAAAGACUAAAUUUAAUCCACAAAACACAUACACUGUUUCAGAGGUUUGCUGUUUUAAAAAAAAAAAAAAACUUUAAUUUUCUGAAAGCAAACAAUGUAUAAGCAG